ACGUCCAGUUGGGUUACCCUAACCCCUCAGACAUAGGUCAGGACUCUGGCAAAUGCCCCGGUCGUCCCGCCAGACUCUUGGCCGGCCUUGCUGUCUCACCGACCACUGUAUUGGCACAGGAGCCAGGGUUGGCACUGGAUGAAGAAAUGCCUUUCAGGAGAAGGAAUGCAAGAGGCUGGGUGCGGUCACCAAGGCAAACGGGCAGGGGCAGAGGGAGGCUGGGCAGAGGACAGGGUGGCCAGGCCAGAGCGUGCCCCAGGGGAUCUGGCUGGUGAAGGUGAGCCCAAUCAGGAGGCAUGGCGGUGUGACGUGGGUCUGCGUUUUCUCCUCUUCUUCCCAGUGGCUUACGUAAGAGGGAGAGCAACGGGGGCGGCAGGGACGGGGCUGCAGGCUGAGGAGCCCCUUCUCUUCUCUCUGCCCCCGCCUGCUUGGGGCAUUCUUGGCUGGGUCUGCUCCUGACAGAAGGGAUGCGUGUUGCCAGGGGCGGGGGCUUGGCGUGUGUGCGUGUGAGAGUAUGUGUGUGUGUUUAAAAUACAGAAAAAAGAAGCGUGUCUAUACUCUGCCGCGAGACGCUGGCCAGACUCCAUCCGUGCCAAGUCCCCUCCGAGCCAGCGCCGGGGACUUCGGAGGCACCAGGAGGAAGGUCCAGGCAGCGUGCGGUGAGGAUGGACGCGUGCCACCGAUGCGUGCUAGCGGCUGCGUGGGCCAAACACCCACCCACAAACCCCCACGAUCGCUGGCAGCCGUGGCGGGAGGCGGCCGCAGUUGGCAGAGGAGCUGGGGAGGGCCAGCUGGGGCAGGUGGAUCCCGGCAGCGGCAGUGCAGGUAAAGGGUGCGGGCUCGAGGGUAGUGGGCACCUGGCAUCUUCGUUGGGUGCCAGAGGCCGGGGUCGGAUCACAGCCUGGCUCUGGGUUGCAGUGCGUGGCAGCGUUGAGGAGGGCUGAGUCCCACGGGGGGUCUGGGCCAGGCUGGUAGGCGAUGCCUCCUCCCGGCUCCCCCAGCGCCGCCCUGGGGCAUGUUUGCCUGGGCAUGCUUGGCCCUUCUCCUCCAGGGAGCUAGGUUGGGCAGGCUGGGUGGGGCCAGCACGGGGUGCCCAUGGGGGCUGCGUGUGGGGCUUUCCUCUGGGGUCUCACGGCUUCGUCACCUCCGCCUGAUGCACUGGGGCUCCCAGGGCCAGCGCCCAGAUGGUCCCUGAAUGUUGGUUGCAUUCCGCAGGCGUGGGCUGGAAGGGUGGGCUGCAGGGCGGCACCUCGGGGUCCAGGGUUCCUGGGCAGCAGGCCUGCCCUCCCUCCCAUCGUCCCAGAGCCCCCUGCCCCACCUCUUGCAGCCUGGCUUGGCGCCUCCGAGCCUGUGCGGAAGGAUGGGACGGACGCCAAAUGUGCUGUAGCAGGAGUGUGGGUGGCGGCGUCCCGAGCCUGGCUGCUGAGAACGGGAAGGAGCCUGGGGUGAGGGACUCCCCAGCAGCUCCAAGGCAAAGUCCUGCUGCCCUUCCCACAAUUACAGGCCGGGCAGAAAGAGCUGGGGGCUGUGGGAGGAGGGGUUUUCACCUUCAGAAAGAUGGGCAGCCCCCAGUGGGCUGGCGUGGAGCUGGCAGGGCUGGGAGUGUUAGCCCGGGUGCCUGGCUGUUGCCCCUCAGCAUGAUCCAUGGCAAGCAGCAUCAGCUGGCAGAGGCUGGCACAGACCCACGCCCUGGCAGGGGCAUGGCACAGAGGGGCCCUGGCCAUAUGGGGGGAUCCGUGCUGGCUGCCAUCCCAGUCAUUGCUCUGGGAGGCCAGUCCAGUCCCAGAAAGAAGGUUCCAACUGAGGGGAGAUGGGAGCACACGAGCAGGGGCUGGGAGGAGGCUGGGCUCGAGGACUUCAAAAAUCCAAGCCUGGAGCCUUGCUGGCCCAUGGGAGCCUCCACCCUGAAGGGGCUAGGAGGGGGCUCGGAGGCCAAGGUCAGGAGCCUGGGCUGGGCUGAGGGGCAGGGAGGGCUGAGGGAGGUGGAGGAGGGCAGCAUUGGUCUGGUCCAGACGCCCAGGGGUCAGGGCAGAGGUCGGGGACACAGGGUCCCAGAGCCUGAGAAGUUGGGGACACAGGGUCCUGGGAUUGGGCAGAGGUCAGGACACAGGGUCCUAGGGUCAGGCAGAGAUGGGGGACACAGGGUCCUGGGAUCUGGGUUAUGCUUCAGAACUUUGGGGCAAGGUUCAGAGGUCCUGGGGGCAGGGGUGGGGCAGGGCUCCAAUGAUUGGCCGCCCUCAGUCUCCUUUUCCUCUUGAGCCCACAGUCCCGGGAGGCUUCAGCCUGACUCUGGCCGACACUUCACGACAGGGGCUUCCUAUUCCAAGUCCUGAUGUGGGGGUGAUGUGGGGGGCGAUGUCCGGUGGACCUUGGCACAGUAAGCGUCCCUAACAGUGUCUGGACACAGCCCUGUGCCCACUGCCCUCUUCCGGCAUGGACACACAGGACGGGCUGGGUAGGCCUCAGCAUGGGUGCUGGUGGCAUAAACACUCAGGCAAAUGGCUGCCAGACUCGGGGACAAUAGCGUCCCUCAGGCUCAGGGCAGGGCGCCCACAUUCUAGGAUUCCCAGAGGAGACACAGGUGGGCGAGGUGCCGGCUGGAACCCUGGCCUGGGGUCCGCACUGGGAGUGGGGGUGGCAGCAGCUAUGGGCUCCUGGUCUCAGCCAUGAGGACAGUGGUGUGAGUGGGUGCCCCAGGCCAUGGGCCUGGGUGGGAAGGGUCACCAGGGGGCUGUCGGGGAGCGAGGAGGUCAGUCCUGCCGUCACCCACAGGUGCCCCCGCGCGGGGAUGGUCUUGGUCAGGGGAGCAGGCUGGCCGGGCCACAGCAGUAACAGUGAACGCUGGAGGGGACCCUCUGCCUGCCACAGCCCCCCUCCCUCCGCCUCUGAGUUUCACAGUCCCUGCUUCCCGCGCUGGCUCAGAGCUCCCAAGAGGCUCCUGCCAGAUGUUCCUGGCGGCCCCAUGUUGCCUCCCUAAUGAAAUAUUCAUGGGGCCUUUCUGCCUCUUGACAUAAAGCCUUCCGCAGCUCCACACACCAUGGAGACGGGGCCGGCCUCCCAACAAGCCCAGGAAGGAGUGGACACCCGGCCAGCCCCUCCCCCUGUGCCAACCCUGGGUGACCACUCCCUGUGCGCCAACCCCAGCUGCCCACUGUGCCUCCCGAGACAGACACUGGGCCUCUGCCUCCCUUUUGCCCUGCUAAGGGUCAGGGGUCCGGCUGCCUGCACCCCCCUCUGCCUCCUGAGAGCCCAGUGCCAGCUGUGUGGGCACAUCAGCCCUGGGGCUGGGCUCUGGAGGGAGGGCAGCUGCCACCCAGCACAGGGAGGAGCCAGGACCACUCUCACAGGCCUGGGGCGGAGAUGCUCUCUCUCUCUCUCUUCCUUUAGUUCCUUGGUGGUCGACAGCUCCCUACCCUGUGCCAGCAAGGCUGGGCUCCUGAAGCCCACCUUGCCCCUUGCUGUGUGGCAGCUGGCCUGGCCUGGCCUUGCGGUGACUGCUGUGAUCUGUCCACACCUCUGUCCAUGUGCUCAUGCACCCGGUGCUGGCAGGGAGCUGGCACCACGCCAGGUCCAGUGCGUGGAGACCAGACUUCAUGCCCAGCCCUGCGCUUGGGGUCUUCACGCAGCCCCCAGCCAGGCAGUGAGGGCAGAGGACCUUGGGCCAGGGCCGGUGAGACCAAGAAGGAUGAGGUGGACAGAAGUUUCCAGGGGCCUGGGAGCUGUGUGAGGAGUAAAAAGCGGCCAGUCUGUGAGUCCCACACAGAGGGGACCUUUGUGCCCCAGGUCAAAGGAGAAGGGGUCUGGCCCAGGCUGAGUCCACAGCAGCCUCUGCUCCGUCCACAGGCUCUGUCUGGCUCUGUCAGGCCUCCUCAAGGCCCUGGGCUGCAGGUGGUGGCUACAGUGAGGUCCCACUCGGUCAGAGUCUGCCCCACAUGGGGUGCCCUCUUGGGGUGGCUGGCCCUGGGCUCUGCUCUGGCUGUGCAGGGCCGGCCUCAGCUGGGAGGGGCCCAGCAGGCUUGCUGGGGGCCGUAGGGCUGUCCCCACCUCUGUGACUCCUAUACCCUCCUUGCUCCCAGCCUCUGGGUCAGGGCAUCUUGACCUUAACUGUCACCUAAAGCGGCAGGGAAAGGGUCACACAACCGUUCACAGAGGCACUCUCAGCCUCCGCAUUAGGGGAGAUGGAUCCGAAGAGAGACCACGUUGCUUCCCUGAGGCGACCGACCGAGCCCAGGAAGGAAGCUGCACGUGUCUGUCCUGGAGCCCAGUGUCAUCUCCAGGGCCAGCACAAGCAGCCGGGACCCUCCCGGGAAAUAGCUCCCUGCCCAGGAUGCCCCAGCUCUCCUGAGCUCACCGACCAGGGAUUUGGCCAGUGCCCUCCCCCAUGCGGGCAGUGACUGGUUUGCACAGCGGGAGGGGUGUGUGCUGCCUUGCUCCCUGAACUGCUGGCAGGGUAAUAACUCUGCCUGUGGUGUGGAAAUAAAGCACCUUCCACAGAAGAAAUGGUGUCAAUUUGCAGCAGCACUGCAGCCCGGAGUUACCCAGCGCCCAGAGGGCAGCUCCACCACAAUGAGUGGCUGCACGCGGAGAGUCAGCGGCCGGGCAGCCCCUCGGAGGGACAAUGCAUCCCAGCCCUUCAGGCAGGAGGCGGUUUCAGGAAGCGAAGGAGCAGCUGCUGGGGCCCCUCUUGCCUCCCGAAGGUUCCUGCCAGAGUAAUCGGAUCAUGCUCCAGGCCCUCCCUGCCCUGGGACACCUACCCGCCUGCCUCGUGACCUCUUCCGGUUCCCACUCCUGGGCUGCUCAGAGCUGCUGCAGCCUGUUGAUGAGCAGUGGAGAUUCACCACCUGGACGCUCCGUUUCCUGCCCCGGCUGCCGUCCCCGCAGUGAUGUGCACCUGGCCUGCGUGUUAGGACCCAGCCGCACAUUGCACCUUACAUCUUCAUGGGUGGCUCCGGGAGCCCCCACAGCCGAUGAGUUUCACAGCAUCAUCCAUGUGUGUGGCCGUUGGGACUGGCACAGGCCCUCUGGACGC